AAUGGCGGAGAUGGGUACAGUAAAGGACGAACUUAGGACCAGAACACCUGAAAGGAAUUUGAAUAGGUCGUUUGAAGAUCCUGGUCUUAUAUCCCCCGAGCGACAGAAUGAGCGACAGCUGCUGGCAGUUCCAUUCAUUGGUCGUAUCAGAGGGGGUUUAAAACCGGGUAAAAAAGUUAUUGUGAUGGGCAUUGUGGAUCCGGAGCCUGACAGUUUUGUUAUUAGUCUGACAUGUGGGCGUGGCUCUUUAGAAGGCCCGCCCACCGACGUAGCACUGGAGCUGUGCGCCAGGUUUGAGGACCGUCAGUUUCUACGGAGGGCAUUCGUGUCUGGUACCUGGAGCGAGGAGGAGAAACCGAUCCAAUAUUUUCCUUUUAUUGAGGAUCAGCCGUUCCGGAUUGAAAUCCACUGCGAGCAACAGCGUUUCCGGUUGUUUGUCGAUGGACACCAGCUCUUUGAUUUCUACCAUCUAGUCAGACCGCUGUCAGCUAUCGACACCAUACGGAUCAAUGGGAGUCUAACCAUUACCAAGCUGGGCUGAACAAGCAGUUUUUAGCCCGCUUAAAAAAAAAAAGGACCAAAAUU